AUGGCUAUUAAUUUAGUCGUGGGAGAGUAUACUCUGAACGUAGUUAGUGCUUACGCGCCUCAGGUGGGUUUGGACAAGGAGAUUAGAAAACGAUUCUGGGAAGAUUUGGAUGGGGGUGAUUUUAACGGCCACAUUGGGAGGUCGUCUGGGGGAUACGACAGUGUGCAUGGUGGCUUCGGUUUUGGAAACAUAAACGGAGGAGGUACUUCAUUACUGGAGUACGCUAAAGCUUUUGAGCUGGUGAUCGCUAACUCGUGUUACCCGAAAAAGGCAGAGCACUUGAUAGCUUUUCGGAGUACAUGGACAAGACCCAGAUUGAUUAUCUACUUAUUCGGAAAUGUGAUAGAGGUUUAUGCACGGAUUGCAAGGGUCAUCCCGAGUGAGAAUCUUACUACCCAGCAUAUGCUUUUGAUUAUGGACUUAGAGAUCAGGUAG